CUCCACCUUAGGUCCACAUCUUCAUCAGACCUUGCGGGAAUCCCGAAAUUCGAACCUAAGUUGUGCAUAAUCAAAGCCCUAGCCAUGUUUGUAGUGAGAGCAGAUUGUUCUGGGUUUCGGUAGUAUUUCUGACCCCCUGACGUGAGCCAGAUUACAUGUAAGCCUUGAUUGGGUCGGAGCAUGCAGGUUCUUGCGUGGCCGAACAAAAGCACAGGGAUGGAUCGCGUCAGAGCCUAGAACGAGUAGCUCAGCGCUGAAGAAUUUUGGUUGGUCACGAGCUGCUGCAUUAUGCAGGCGAGUCCGAAGACGCGAACCCGAGGCGGCUGCCAUAGGACCCUGGAUUCGAUUGAGAACCCCUGGACAAGGGCCAUGAUAUAACGGAGGAGCUCGCCAUGUCAGGAACAUUGCGAGAUCUGACCCGAUCUCUAAAGGCAGGGACGCCGCCAAAGCCUGAAGCGGAAGAAGCCAAACCAAGUAUGGACGGGUACACAGCCACUUAUGAAGACCGACGUAAGCUGCAGAACAGAUUGGCCCAGCGCCGCUACCGGUCCAAACUGAGGCAAGGACAAGAGCCUGCUCUCGCCUACGAUGCCAGCUCCUCUCCAGCCCAUACAGGGUCGAACGGGUCGAACGGAACGCAGGAACACAACGAAGCAAUGUUCCUCGACUAUCUGGACACGCUAGACCACAACAUGGACGGCCAAAGCAAUUGCGAAAUUACCGACACUGGUCCCAACCUUUCGUAUCACAUGUACAACAACAGCGGUGGCGGGGUUGCUCCGGAGGAGCAGCCAGACUUGGCACACCUCUAUGCCGCGCCAGGGCAGCAACAAUCAGCAGCGUUUCAGACUGGGCUGCAAGCGAUGCGGGCGACAUGUGUUGCAGAGACGCAAUCGUAUCGUGGCCCACUCGCAGAGCCGGUGGCGACAAGAGCCGAAGAGUGCCUGUCCAUACGACGCAGGCCGCACGCGGAGGUGAUGGUGGCGCCCGGCAGUGGCGGACCGACGAGGGUAUGCAGAACCGAGGAGAGACCAGGGCACGGCGUAGCGGGCACGACCAUGUAUCAGGCGCGUCUGCACGACAAGGCAAGCAGCGCAUUUUGGGAGCUGGAGAAGCUGUACAGAUAUUCUGUGGACGUGGGCUUGCUGCGGGCAGACCCUGAGUUUGUCCAAGGCAUGAGGAGCAUGCAGGACCGAUUCAGGGCCCUAAUGACUGUAGAUUGCGAGGGGGGCCAUGGGAACUGACUGAAUACGUACGUAGAGUGAUAUGUAGGCAGCUUUGUCAGACCGUGUUGACAAGUAUUUCUGUCGAUGGGGUUGCCGGCAGGGAGUGGGCCGGGGCGCCGGAGGGAUGGGGCCGGCCGGCCCUGGCCGCUUGGCUCCGCUCCUUCCUCAUCCAGCAGGCGCAGCUG